AUGAUGUCUUCAUGUUCAGUACGUAUUCCGCCACCUAAAGAGCUAUCCAAAAGUAAUGAUCCUUUGCAUAUUAUAAAAUCCAGACUAGAGACUCAUAACAGACCGGCUACCAUUGCGGGUCCCAUGGUUCGCUACUCGAAACUUGCAUUCAGACAAACUUGCCGUCAUUAUGAUGUUGACAUAGUGUAUACUCCAAUGAUCUUAGCGAGAGAGUUUGUUAGAAACGGCCAUGCCAGAAUGGCAGAUUUCACAACGUGCAGAGACGAUACACCGUUAAUCGUUCAGGUGGGUGUGAAUAACGUUGCAGAUCUUCUCAAAUUCACUGAGAUGGUAUACCCGUACUGUGACGGUAUCGGUAUUAACUGUGGAUGUCCGAUCCGUGAACAAGUGAGGGAAGGCAUUGGCUCUGCAUUAAUAUACAAUGGAGAAUUGUUGUGUAACAUGGUCAAAGCUGUGAAGGAAAAAUACGGUGACAAGGUUAGACUAGAGACGAAAAUUAGAAUACACGACAACAUUGCAGAAACUGUCACGCUCUGUAAUAACUUAUGCGAAGCUGGAGUAGAUUGGAUUACAGUUCAUGGCAGGACCAGAACUACGCGUUCAUCUGUUCCUGUAAAUUUAGAUGCCAUCAAAUACAUCAAAGAGAACAUUAAGAAUAAAGAGGUUCCACUGGUUGCAAACGGUGACUGUUUCAGUCUGGAGGAUUUCCAGCAUAUCCACGAGUACACAAACGUAGAAGGGGUGAUGGCUGUGCGGGGAUUGCUAGCCAAUCCUGCACUUUUCGCUGGUCACGAAAAAUGCCCAUGGGGCACAAUAGAGCUCUUUUUCCAUUACGCCAUGGAGUUCGGCGGACUACCAUACCAACUCCUACAACAUCACCUAUACACUAUGAUGGAGAACAUGGGCAUAGAGAAACCAAUGUUGAAAGAACUAAUGGAGAUUAAAAACCUAGCACACCUUGUGGACUGGCUUGAUGACAAUUUCGACUUCAAGCGCAAGGGCGACCCUGGAUUCGCAGAAGCAGUCGAUAUUCCAUUCAGAAGUUCUCAACCCAAGAUAUAG